CAUUGACCGUGGCGGACAGUGCUGCUGUGCUGAGACAGUAAGGAGAAGGCCUUUCAGUGUGGGUCCCAGAGGCCUGGAAGAGCCGUCCUCACCCCAGUGCACGUGGGCAGCUCAGAGAGACCUCAGGGUUUCCUGGCACAGAAGUGGACGACUGGACAGAUGAGUGGAGCUGUGGGUCAGAGCUGACCCCAGAGCCUCCAGCGUUGUCCUGCACCAGAGCUAGGAAGGGUCACCAUCAUGCUGUGGGGAGUCGGGCUGUCUCCAUGGCUGUCUGGGGAGCCCCAAGCGUGUAGGUGGGUGAGCAAGAGCUGGGGAGGUCUUUGGGGUCACAGUGCAGGAUUCACCUGGGAGGGGAGGUGUGACUGGCCCUGGGGGCAGAUGCGAGCAAGUGGAGCCGCCCCCUCCCGCUGCUGGCUGGGCACCCUUCUAAAUCAAAACAGGGCCGGGAAGAAAGCAAGACCAAGGUGUCAAGACAGGAACCCAGAAACCCCAGGAUUCAGCUCUGGAGGCUUCUGUCAGGCAUUUCAGCCUCUGCUUCCAUGCCCUCCUGGCAAGAGGCAGUUUCGGGGACCAUGUUCAUGCCAGCCGGGACCACCGCUUCCUCCCCUCUGCCAGCGCCCUCGCACCCGGGCAGUGACCGUGACCUAUGCUGCCCACCCUUGAGAUAAGCUGGUUCUCCUGGGCAGGACACCAGCAUGUCGUCUUCCACGAAACCCGAGGCACAGGAGACCUCACCCAGCCCCGUGGAAGAGCCCAGGGGAAAACCGCUUCUGGCCUGGGGCUCUCUUCUUGGUCACCGAAGCGAGAAGAUUGCUUUCACCAAGAGCGAGGGCGGCCGGGAGGAGAGUCUGCUCACCGUCACUAUCACGGAGACCACUGUCAUCGAGUCGGACCUGGGCGUGUGGAACUCCCGGGCCCUGGCCUACCUCACGCUCUGGUUCUUCUUCAGCUUCUGCACACUGUUCCUCAACAAGUACAUCCUGUCUCUGCUGGAGGGCGAGCCCAGCAUGCUAGGUGCAGUGCAGAUGCUGUCCACCACGGUCAUCGGGUGUGUGAAGACCGUCGUGCCCUGCUGCCUGCACCAGCACAAGCCCCGGCUCUCCUACCCGCCCAAUUUCAUCAUGACCAUGCUCUUCGUGGGCCUAAUGAGGUUUGCGACCGUGGUCUUGGGGCUGGUCAGCCUGAAGAACGUAGCCGUGUCCUUUGCUGAGACAGUGAAGAGCUCUGCCCCCAUUUUCACAGUGAUCCUGUCCCGGAUGAUCCUGGGGGAGUACACAGGGCUGCUGGUAAACCUGUCCCUCAUUCCUGUCAUGGGAGGGCUGGCCCUGUGCACAGCCACUGAGAUGAGCUUCAACAUCCUGGGCUUCUCAGCUGCACUGUCCACCAACAUCAUGGACUGUUUGCAGAAUGUUUUUUCAAAAAAACUCCUCAGUGGGGACAAAUACCGAUUCUCGGCCCCGGAGCUGCAGUUCUACACCAGCGCUGCUGCUGUGGCCAUGCUGAUUCCUGCCUGGAUCUUCUUCAUGUGGGCCAGCAGAGCACCCUUGGUUCUGGCCCUAGGACCUGCCCAUGAUCGGGAGGAGCAGGACAAGCUUCAGCUACAACCAGGACGUGGUGCUACUGCUCCUGACGGACGGGGCCCUGUUCCACCUUCAGAGUGUCACUGCAUAUGCCCUCAUGGGGAAGAUCUCCCCUGUGACAUUCAGCGUCGCCAGCACCGUGAAGCACGCCUUGUCCAUCUGGCUCAGCAUCAUUGUCUUCGGCAACAAGAUCACCAGCCUGUCGGCCGUCGGCACCAUCCUCGUGACAGUGGGCGUCUUGCUCUACAACAAGGCCAGGCAGCACCAGCAGGAGCUCAUGCACAGCCUGGCCACAGCCACCAGCUGGGUCCCCGAGGACGGCACAGAACCAUUAGGUCCACCGGACCCCAGACAGCACGUUCACCCCUGAAUGCAGGAGGCCCCUGGCUAGCUAGGCCCCUGCAUGCUCCUCCUGCCACUGGGUCCCUGGAGAGUGGCCUGGCGUUGCCCCCUGCACCACAUAGGUGGGCUGGGGGACAGAGGCUCCUGGGACCAGCUCCUGUAGGACGUGGACUCCACUGACAGCUGAGCACUGCAGGAGUGACCAGCCUGUACCCACUCUCCAGGCUGACCAGGCCGCAGUUGGGCCAGAUCCCACCACCUCUGAGGGUGACUUCUGGGCCGUCUGGUGCCAGCAGAGAGACCUCGACUCCCGACACCAGCCACCACCGGCACUGGAGCUGCCUGGUCCGACCACAGUCUCCCCCCGUGUGCUGCUGUCCCAGGUGUCCAGACCCUGGUACAGAAGCCACAGAAGGCAGAGAGGUACCCAAGCAAAGGUCUCAGCUGCUGAGGGGGGCUAGGCUCUCUCCAGCUUCAGAGCUGUACUCAGGGAGGGCCCUGUGGCAAUAUCUGCCCCCACAGCCACUGCAUCACGUGACACUGGAGGGCAGGAUUGCCGAUUGAAUUGCUCUGUGAAAAGAAAAGUCACCCUUCACAGCCUGUGUGGCACUGAGCCCCUCACCUCUGGGGGCAGUUGUCCACCCUGGAGGCUGAGGACAGAUUUAGUUGCAUUUAGCUUGGUUCCCAUCCAGCAACAGCCCAUUCCCAAUCUCCUGGUGGACCACCCUGCAGGACCCCGAGGGGGCAGGGGGCAGGGGGCAGGGGAGCCUUUGGCGGAAGUUGGCAUCAGGUUGUGCUGCCUGACACUCCACUCACUAGCGAAGCUGGCAGCCACAGGGCGCUCGGAGGCACAUGUGUGUCAGGUAGCUGUGUCCACUCACACAGCCCGUACUGCCCGAGGGACCUCAACAUGCUAGUGCCCUGGCCACUAGGCGGCUGAGUCUGUCGGACACAUGGGUGCUGGAGCUGGCUCUGCCCUUGCCUUGCGGGGUGUCUGACCGGGUACAUGGGUCCUGGGCCAGCAAGUCUGGAAUCCUGUCGCCCCAGGCUUGGGGCCUGUGAGCUGCAGCCACUGGCACCAGUGGUUCCCUGGCCUCAUUCCCUUCCCCACUUGUCAGGUGGGCAGCCACAACCAGCUCACUGGUUUUCCCCUUGGUUUCUCACCUGGAAAAUAUGGCAGCAGUUCCCCCUAGAAGUAAAACCUCUCAGAAACAAAGAGCAAUGACCAUGCCUCCAUUCUGUCCUGACUUGAGAAGGUUUUCGUGAUGAUGGGUCAAAUGAGGUCUUUGAAUCUACAAGCUGCCUUUUUAGAGGAGCUGCCCUGGGUGUCAGGGAUGGGCCAAGUAUGUGCUCCUGCAUGCAGGGCCCCCCGCCAGUGAAGACAUUUUCUCAUUGAUUCCGCCCAGGUUUCUGUUUCCUUCCUUCCUCUACUGCUUUUCCCCAAAACUAAAGAAAAGGCAGUGGAGGUGGCAUUUGGGUGGUGCUGUUGGACUGAUGUGCACCCAAGCCUGCACCAGGCUCUGACAGUGAGGGGCACAGAGCUGUGGUGUGACCAGGAGACCCCCUGGACCUGCAGACACUUGUGAGUGUGUGGAGAGGUCCAGGCGCCUGGCUUCUGAGUAUUGUUUGCAUUUCUGGUCCACCCUCUCCUGUGGACUUAGGCAGUCUCCAAGUGGUGGCCCUCCCCUGCUUCAGAAGCAGCUCUCAGCCUGUCUGGAUUUCAUUAACUCAUUAGCAAGCGAGGCAGUUUCCUGUAGAGGUGCUUUGGAGACCUGUCUGCGUCCCAGGCAGGAAGACCACGAGAGCCGGGUGUGGCCAACACCGAGCCCUCACCCACCUUCACGUCCUUUCCCGUCUUGCCACCAGCUCAGACUUCUCACGGCACUUCCAGGACAUGCCCGAGGCCUGGCUUGGCUACAUGUGUGUGACUGUACUGAUGGAUGCUUUUUUAUUAACUGUCUGUCUGGUCUUUUAGGGAACCAUGACAGAUGUGGUGUAGAAACCCAGACGCUGGGAGUCAUGUGGUUGGUGAUUCUUCCCAUGGCUGUGUUUAUCGUCUGCCUUUGUAGACAAACAACACGCCAAUCAGACCUUCCCAGUGGGGCAUCUGCUUCUUCCUUACACCCAUACUUAGAGAUGUGUAGAUUUCUAAUUUUGAAACAACUUCCAUGGGGGCUGGGGAGUAACUCAGUGGUAGACCACUUGCCUAGAACAUGCAAGGCCCUGGGUUCCAUCCACAGCACUACAGGGAAAAAACAAAAACAAGAAACAAAAGUGGAACUCCAAAAUCUCCACUACUGAACUGCAUAAAAAGCUUUAUUAAAAAAUCUGAUAGUCAUAAUUUCCUGUGUGUCAGCAUUAACAGAAUCUGCCUCCCUGGGAAGUGGAGAACACUCUUGCACAAUUCAAAAUGUGUCUUUAAUUUGGAAAAAGAAAUAUAGUGAAUCAGAGACAGUUUUUUAAAAAGCUAUAUAAGGAAAUCAGCAAAAUAGAGCUCUGCUUUGUAGUGUGCCUUUAAAAUGCUUGUCAGAAACUUGUGGGUUUAGCUUUCCUGGGAACAGCCACUAAAAUGGGUCAGUGGGGAUAGUAGGGGUACAACUUUUUACAUUCAUCCAACUGGUGUGGGGGGGGUGUUUUAUUUAGGUGCUGGGGACUAAACCUGGGGCACUUUACCACUGAGCUAUAUCCCCAGCCCUUAUUUUUAAUUUUGAGCAAGUCUCACUAAAUUGCCCAGGCUGGCCUCAAACUUGCCAUCCUCCUGCUUCAGCCUCCUGAGUCACUGGGAUUACAGGCGUGCGCUGUUGUGCUGGGCUACAAGCAGUGCUUUCUAAGGUCUGAAAGUAUUUACACUGUCACGCUGGGUUGGAAAAAGUAAGUAUGUUAUUACAGGUAGAAAUCACUUCCUUUUUUUUUUUUUUUGGCUUUGACCA